AUGCAAACAUUGACCCCCAUUGCCCAACACUUCGGCUUCUAUCUGUCGCAAAUCUGCAAUUGGGCUCUUCUUUAUCUAAUCCUCACGAAAACCGCCGUCAAAUUCGGCGCCUACAAGUAUUUGAUGAUCUCGUUUGCAUGUUACGCUUUGAUCUACUCAGCCAUAGAAUUCAUGACAUUGCCGGUUUAUACUGUAUCGAAAAGCCUCGCGAAUAUUCAAGGCGUCAAAUUGCUCAAACUAUUCGUUCUCCCCAUCGCUUUCAGCAUUUUAUGGUAUAUUAUAGUGAAUUUGGCAUACCUUCCAUCAGACAUCAAAUCGCAAUACGUCAGAGAGUCAUUUUUUGAAGUUUAUCAACAAGAUAGCCUUCAGAUCGCUUAUGCCGCUGUCUUAUACUAUAGGUACGACAAAGACGGCCGGCUUAUAAUCAUGUGGAGAGAUUGCAUCGGCAUGGGAAUUUAA